AUGUCGUACGCCUCCACCACGCCCGCGGAGGCGGCUCCAGCCGCCACAGACUCGGUCGGGCGGUCAACCUCUGCCCGCUACAACGAGACGCUGAGCAGCCGCACGAUGUGCGCCUACGGCUUCUUCCGGCUGCCCAUCUCCGGCUACGACCUGACCGUGCGUCCGGCACGGACGGCGGUCUAUAUCGAGGCGCUCAACCAGUCGAUCCUCACCCACGCGAUGAUCGUCUCGUGCUGCAAGUCCGUCGACUUUCUGCUCGGCUUUCUCGUCGGGACCACCUCGGACAACGUCUCCACCCGCUGGGGGAGGCGCAAGCCGUGGGUGGUGAUCUGCUUCCCGUUCGCGAUCGUCUCCAUGUUCCUACUCGUCACGCCCUUCCCCUUCUCCGGCGACGCGAUUGAGCCGGACUCCGCCACCGCCUGCCCCGCGCUGGAGCAGUGCCUCGUCGAGAUGAUUGCAAACGGCACGCUGCCCGCGCACAACGUGAGCAGCGUCGAGUCCUCCAACCCGCCGGCGCCGGCCGCGCUGUCGGUCUGGUUCGCCCUCUUCUACUUUGCCUACUACUUCUUCUCGUGGACCUGCACCAUGAUUCCGUACGACGCCCUCGGUAUGGAGCUCACCUCGGACUACUCGAAGCGCGUCUCCCUCUUCUCCGUGCGAGUCGUCUUUCAGUUCCUCGGCUAUGCGGUGCCCAACGCCGUCGGCCUCGUCCUCUCCAACAUCUUCCCCACCAACAUCAUCGCCGUCUACGCGUACACCGCUCUCGUCCUCGGCGCAACCACGCUCGCCGGCCUGCUCCUCCUCGCCGGCAUGAAGAUGGAGGACUGGGCGUCGCUCUACUUUACUCUCGUCCUCGUCAUCCUCUUCGCCUCUCUCCUGGGCACGCCCCUCGUCUGGUACCUCACCCGCCGCUUCGGCAAGCGCGAGGUGCUGAUGUACGUCUCCGGCGCCUGCUGCCCCUUCUUCUUCGCCUUCUUCUUCGUGCCCCCCCAGUCCUUCCCCACCGCCGUCAUCUACGUCGCCGGCGUCUUCGUCGGCCUGCUGACUGUGGUCAUGUUCGUCGUCCUCGACUCGAUGCUCGCGGACAUCAUCGACUACGACGCGCUGCACACCGGCAAGCGCUCCGAGGGCGUCUACACGGUCGCCGAGACCAACCUGCAGCAGUUCAUCGAGGUGAUCGGCGGCGUCGUGCCGCUGCUCCUCAUGAGCGCCGUCGGCUUCGAGAACAACGGAGGCUGCGAGUGCGGCUGCGGCGUGGCGUGCGACGAGGCCUACAUGCGCUGGAAGUGCCCUGGCGACAUCGGCUACUCCUGCGACGGGCAGAGCACGUUCGACUCUCCGCCGCUCUUCGGCGAGGUCGGCCGCCAGGCGCCGUGCAGCGACGCGGUGGUGUGGAUCAUCCGCGCCUUCCUCUUCGCGCUCUCGGGCGUCUGCCUGCUGCUGGUGUGCCUGGGCGCGAAGAUCUACCCGAUCACCAAGGCGGCGCACUCGGCGAUCCUCGAUGCCACCGAGAGCCUGGCGGCCGGCGGGGAGGCCACAGACCCGCUGACUGGAAAGGCUGUGGUGCGGUCGGCGGCGUCGCACGCGCAGCUGAGGCGCGAGGCGCACCCCCCAAGCCGUCGCGACAUGGGGCGGCUGCUGCUCUGGCUCGGCGCCUUCAUCGCCAUCCUGGCAGGCAUGGCGGCGUCGGGCGGCGAGGCGCGCCAGUACAUCGUCGCCAUCGGCGCCAUCUGCCUGCUGCGCCCUCUCUGCACCCUCUGCGGCGCGCAGCGCGCCAUCUGCUGCUCGGCUCUCUUUGUGCUUGUGCCGUGGGACGCCGCUCGCUUGCAAGUGCUGCUCAAGAUGAGCCGCGCCGAGCGGGCGGUCGGGCCGAGCGCGGAGGAGAAGGACAACUCGGCGCGCAGCUAG